AAUAAAACAAAAAUGUCGUCAACACGUAAAAAAAAAUCACCAAAAUAAAUAUUCUAAAAUCAUUGUUAUAGUAUACAACCCUGUAGUAGCUUUCUCUCUUUCUUUGCAAAAAAAAAAAAGUUUCAAAUGAAACAGAUGGUUUCUGAUUUACUCAUUUUCUAUAAGCCGAACAUACAUAUUUUUAAUUUUAUCUUUUUAAUUUUUAACAAUUUUUUUGCCAAAUUUUCACGAUGAAGAGGGAAAAUUUCCCUACAAAUACAAUACUAUUUAAAAACAUACCUAAGCAAAUUACAAAUGUUGAAGACUUAUUAAAAUCUUUAAAUAUACCCGCGAAGCAAGUGAAACCUUUUGGACGUAAACGUGUCCUAAUCACAUAUGAAGAUGCUGAGAAAACUGAAGAAGCUUUGGAUACGUUAAAAAGUUUAGAAAUUAACGAGAAAUUGUGCAAUGUCAGCCUCUUUACUAAGGAAAAAAUAAAUGUGAAUGAAAAAGUAGUACCUAAGACUAAAAAAAUCUUAAAAAUCAACAGAUUAGUGCAAACGUCAGAUUAUGAAUAUGAUCAGCUGAAUACGACCGGAGAGAGCAGGAAACCUCCUGUUACGCCAGUUAAAAUAAACAAGGAAUUGGGUUUAAUCCAAACUAUUUACGUAGAUGGAGCCCAAGCUGAUAAUAAUAAUUCAUCAUCGAAAACCAGUAAAUCCAAGCUUUCACAACAAACGUACGAUUAUGUAAUAUGUGUAGACUUUGAGGCUACAUGCUGGGAAAAUCAAGCUCCUCCGAGAUGGCGAGAAUCUGAAAUUAUAGAAUUUCCAGCCGUUUUAGUAAACUUGAAAACUGGGAAAAUUGAAGCUGAAUUUCAUAAAUAUAUUAUGCCAAUAGAAUCACCGAAGUUAAGCGCGUUUUGCACCAAACUCACUGGCAUCGCACAAAAAACUGUUGACAACGGUAUACCCUUGCAAACGGCAUUAAUGAUGUUUCAAGAGUGGUUGCGCAAAGAGUUAAGAGCUCGUCAUUUAUCUUUGCCGAAGAUGACCAAAGACAAUAAAUUAGGCAAUUGUGCCUUUGUUAGCUGGACUGACUGGGAUUUUGGUAUAUGCCUACAUAAGGAAUGUUCACGUAAACGAUUAAAGAAGCCACCAUAUUUUAAUCAAUGGAUUGAUUUGCGUGCAAUUUACAAAAAGUGGUAUAAAUAUCAACCAUUAAAUUUCGCUGAUGCGCUACGUCAUGUCGGCCUUUCAUUUCAAGGUCGCGAGCAUUCGGGUAUAGAUGAUGCCAAGAAUUUAGCUGGAUUGGCUUAUAAAUUGAUUAAAGACGGUGCCACUUUAGCAAUUACACAAGAUUUAACACCAUUUCAAUUAAAUUUAAAUUGUGUUUUGUAAAACAUCAUAUUAUAAUGUAGUUUAUAUGCAUAAGUUUUUCUAAAGAAAUUUCAACAAUUAAGAAAAAAAAUUUAUAAAUUCUGGUAAAUUAUAAGACUUGACUUCUUUUAUAAAAUAAAGUAUGAAGUCGAAGCCGCUAAACAGGAAAUAUAAAAACGAAACAUAUAUAUUUCAUAAGAAAAGUUGCGAAAUUAUAAUUUUUUAAAUUUCAUUAAUAAAA